AUGAAGUGCGCCAUCAUCAUCCUUGUUCUCCUGCCUCUGGCAUACUGCAACAUCCUCGAUCAGUUCACCUAUCUGUUUGAUGUUGGGGAGUUGAAGGCGAUUGUACAGAAACUCUUUGAUACGGUUGGAUCCGACGGUACCGUCGCAGCCUGUGAAGGAGAGUGCACGGUCCUCAUCCAUCAGAACGCCCUCUUGUCCAGCGGUUGCGACCUCGUCUGCAGAUCCCUCCAGUCCCUAGUGAAACGCUUCCACAUCGCUUAG